UAUCAGACUUUCACACCGCAAAUUAUAUUUAAAUCACUAUUUAUUUAUUUUGUGCACACUUCACAACACACAAAUAUAGUACUCUAACUCAUUUCCUUUUCUCCUCCCAAUAUAUCAUUUCCACCACCCUCAAUUACUCUCCCUUCCAGCUUUCACAGAAAAAAAUGCUACCAGAACAAACCGCCGUGCUCGGAAUACCCACGGCCACCGCCGAAUGCGAAACGACAUCCAUCCCAGACGAUUCCAUCAUGUUUAUGGACGAUUACGACUUUGACAGCUCUUGCUCCACCCCUUACGUCAGUGCUCCCUCCAGCCCCGGCCGCGGCGGCAACAAUGUCCUCCCUAACAUUUCCGGGUUUUAUUACAGUGCUCCGGCGAGCCCAAUGCAUUUCAUGAUCUCUUCUUCUAGUUUGUUGAAGAAGUCCGCCGAGUCUGAACUUUCCCCCAAUAUCUCCACCGCCGGUGGCUCCUUCGAGUUCGAUUUCUCGGCUGCUAGUAAGGUUUCCAGUAACGGGUCUGCUUCUGCUGGAUCCAUGAGCUCUGCUGACGAGCUCUUCUUAAACGGUCAGAUCCGACCCAUGAAGCUCUCGACCCAUCUCCAGCGCCCUCAAGUUCUUGCUCCCCUGCUCGACCUGGAAGAAACCGGCGAGGAGGAUUCCGAUGACAUUCCCCGGGGAAGGGACUUUAAGAUGCGGGAUCGAUCGUUGCGCCGGAGGACUAGAUCUAUGUCCCCUCUCCGGACUACUGCGCCGUUCGAGUGGCACGAGGAUUUUGAAGUGGAUAUAAAUCCGGCGGAGCUCAAGAAUAAUGGCGGCAAAGAAGGAUUUGCAGAGGAAGCUACCGCUUCGAGCGAAACGACGCCGUGUGAAUCAGGUGCGUCUUCGAGAUCGUCGUCAGUUGGGAGGAGUUCGAGCAGAUGGGUUUUCUUGAAGGAGUUUCUCCACAGGAGUAAAAGCGAGGGGAGAAAUAACGGCCACAAGUUUUGGGGUUCCCUGACAUUUUCUCCGGUGAAGGACAGAAAGAUCAAGAUGGAGAAGUUUAUGCCGUCGAAAAUCGCGUCGUCGAAGUCCGGCGACAAGAAUACGGGUUCGAAAACCACUGCAACGGCAACGGAAGCAUCGUCGGCGUCAUCGGCGAAUAAAGCUGUUUCGCCGGAUUUAUCGGCGCCGGAAUCAUCUCAGAUGAAACAGGGUACGGCCGCCGGGCCUAAAGAAGUGAAAAAGAAGCCUGUAAAUGGAGUUGGGAAGAGAAGGGUUCCUCCUUCACCUCAUGAAUUGCAUUACACGACAAACAGGGCUCAAGCUGAGGAGAUGAGGAAGAAGACAUUCUUGCCGUACCGGCAAGGAUUGCUUGGUUGUUUAGGAUUCAGCUCAAAGAGUUACGGAGCCAUGAAUGGUUUUGCUAGAGCUUUGAAUCCAGUUUCUUCGAGGUAAAAAUAAAUAAAUAAGAUAAAUUACAGUAGCAAUAAUGUAAACUAUAAGUUAGUGAAUCUUUAAGAUCAUAGUCAUUUGAUCCAUCAUAUCAUUAUUAUGGAUAACAACUCUAAAGUGCAGUUUGUAUAGGAAACAGAUCUCUCCUUUUUUUUUUUGGUUGCCUCUUCACUUAGAGAAGAAGAAUGUAAUUCUGUGAUCUACUUGUGUAAGUAGUUUAUUAAGUAGUGUUGUAAUUGCAUGGCAAUCUCUGAUAUAAAUGAGAUUGAAAAGCAAUAGAAGGAAAUUGUUCCAGUCAAAGGUGAUUUCUUUGUUUGGCCAUUCAGGGAAAUGAAACCUCCCCAUAUAGGCCGUGGAAUCUUUAGAUCCAAAAACAUUUUUGUUCUUGCAAUUUGUCACCAUGAAAUGACCAUGGCAAAUCUACCACCAAUCUUCCUUGGAAAAUGCACUUUUUUUAGGCUAAUUAUAGCUCUAAUUUGUA